AUGUCAACCGAAUCCAUCCUCGUUAAUGGGACCGACCAGGUCAUUAUUCAUGACAAUGUCAUUGUCAUGAAUAUCGAGAAUCUCCUAACCGGUUGGCCGACUUACGAGAUUAAGUUUACACCCGAGAACCCGGGCCCAUUGAAACUAAUCAUCCGGCUCAAGGAUCCCGUCAAGAUGGUCCAUAUUGAGGAAUCUACCGAUAGCGAGGCGGAGUUAUUGAUACCAGGCAGUCGCAAAAGGAAAAGGACCGAUCGCGAGAGCAAGAAAAUCAAAAUGUUCUCGGCCGAUACCGUCAAGAUCACAGAAGAUCUCAGACGCCUCAAGAUCACGUCCCAGAGUUCCGGAAAUAACUCCGUCAAAGCGAAGCCAGUGCGCUUGUUGGGAGCCCGCCCAAAUCCUCAACCGCGCAAACUCAAAUUCAACAGCAGUACUACUUGGCCACCCCACCGCCCUCACCAUUUCAGGGACGUGCAAGAUAAGGAUUCCGUUGACGGUCUUAUCCUGCAAGCCGUGCCUGCUCCGGUUAAAGCUGACUUAACUUAG